UAAAGCGACAUUAAACUGCAUUCAUCCAUUGCAGAAAUCAUCAUAUUUUUAUUUUAACUGGUUUGAAAGAAAGGUAACGAAAAGUAGCACUCAGUAGUUCCUAGACCUCAUAUCAGACUUUUUUGCCAAAUGCUUGUGAGUAUUGAAACCAUUCAGCGACGUCAGUAUUUCUAAAUUCGCACGACCCUUUCCAGCAAGAAAAUCAAAGAUCCUUUAAUUCAUUCCGAAAAAUCGAAAAACGACGAUCACCUUCAUCCUCUACGACAUUAUCAAAGAAUUUCGCUAGAUCAAAAAAUCAAACGAAAAAUCGACUUCGAGAUCCUGUAAAUCAGUCUUGAAAGGCAAGAUCCUGUUUUUCACCGAUCCCUCAUAUCGCGACAACAAGAUCCCGCCUACCAAGAAAAGCGAUCCUUCUUCCGAUCAAGUCCAAGUUGCAGAUCUGCCGAUAAAUCGAGCCACAACAUCCUCGACCUCCUCAAUUUCAUCGAACAAAAUGGCAUCUACAGGCUUCUGGAACUCUGGCAGCACUGAGCUGGUUCUACAACUUGUUAUCUUUGUUAUAUAAUUUGUUCUUGUGAAGUUCAGGUUAGACUUCUAAGAUGAUGAAUGAAUGAAUAACUCAGAUUUCAAAACUAAUCUCACGCGUCAUCUUUGAUGAAUCAAAUUUAGAUUUCCACUCUUAGAUCUAGAACUAGACUUGGAGAUAGCAAGUGGCUCCACGCAAGUCGGAAUGCAAAUCAGUAAGCUAUCUUAGAAAACCACAUACUAAGAGGUUCUUCACCUCACGCGUUUCACACACUACGACAUACUUGGACACUCUUAGAGCAUUCUGUGUUUUAGGAGUCAUUUCACCUCAACAUAAUUUCUAUUGUUGAACACCAUAGGAAAUGAUAAAAAAUAAAAAACAUUGAAAAAUAUAAAAAGUAAAUACUACGUACAUCUUCGUCAUUUGAAUACUUUUGUACUACUAGUCUCCCAGCCCCAACAGGUUUUCUAUCGUGUACGAGUGUGUCCUUAUUGUAGUACCUCUCCAUCCUCGCAAUCACUACAUUUUCUAGGACACAAUUUUCGUAACACUAAAUCUGCGGUGGCAGGAUUGUUUUAUAAUAUACUUCAUAAAUUGGAAGAACAAGAAGCACCACUAAUUUUCUUAUACUUUGAAGAUAUCGUUACCGUUGCGUUUUCGUCCCUCAGGGUACCCUGCUUGGUAUCGAUUCGAAACCCUCCGGCUCUGCCGGAAACAUCGACUCUUGGCUCACUGACGUUUUUGGUGGGGAGCAAGAGCAAUCGAAGUCCUUCGGCAACAACAACUCUACUUCGGGAAGUUCGACCUUCUUUCAGCAGCAGCUGAAUAACCACGGUUUUAACAACCCAAACUCUACUGCGUCGUUAUUGUCGGCGCUAACUGGAGGUCAACAACAACAUCCUCUGAACAACAGCGGUGGCAGCUUCUACGGAGGAAAAGGUGGAGGAAGCAAGGACUUUCAGAAAGGAAGCUCUUACGGCCCAUCUUCGUACAAGAGUGGGUCUCACAGUGCUGCACCUUACGGUGGAAAGCAGAGCAAAGGAGGCUACAAAGGAGGUGAAAAGGGAAGCUACAAAGGCGGCAAGGGACAUCGUAUUAUCUACGAGACCAUCCCGAACACUAGAGCUACAGGUGACGUUCGCUACAUCUCCGCAAAGCCACCGGCGAAGACUCAGGUGCCUGGCACUGUCGUCGUUAAGGACACUACAACUACUGCAGGAGCUGCAGGGGUUACGCUCACGAAGACUUUGAGUAAGCCAAGAAUUGAUUUGGCCACCCUCAUUGAGGAGGACAAGAAAACUCGUGCCGCAUCUUCGAGCACGGUCGUUUCCACUGCAGCGCCGAGCACGGACGAAUCGUCGCCGUCUUCCUUCGAUAAGAAAGGAACGUCAACGACCAGCGCUGCGAGCAAUUCUACUCCCAGUCCUCAACGCGAAACCAGUUCCGUAGGCGUUGGCACUUCAACCUGUCCUCUUGAUCCGGAAGAAGACACAGACGUCGAAAUGGUCGCUCCAGAAGGAAACAUCGGCUUCUGUGGCCUCGGCCAGAUGGGAAGCCAGAUGCUGCGUCGCAUCUACUACGCCGGAAAGUGGAAGAACGUGUACGUCCACAAUCGUACCUUCUCUCGCACCACGCAAGUCGUUCAAAAAAUCUUCGCGUCCGCUGAGGACUGCGGUCAGAUGGAAGUCGCACUUGGAGGUACCUACUUAAACUAGAGAUAGAAAUCAUGCUAGUAAUAUGAUUUCAAUGGAAGAUGUCCUUUUCCUGUUUUGUUGUAGGUGAUGCGAUAAAGUUCAUGGAAUUAGGAUUUCCGAAAAAUGUAGACGAUAAAAGAUCAUGUAAUUUUCAAAUAUCGUUUCCAAAAUCAUUAAAUGUGCAAGUUAUCAUAACAGGCAAAGGAUGGGGCAAGCACUGUGGAAAGCAGCGAUUGCGCUCCCUUGCUUCGAGUGCUGCGCACGUUUCUACCGAGAUUGCCCCGAUGGGAACUUUGCAGCAACUUGCGCUUGCGUGCAAGAAGGACACGCUGGUGAUGAUGCUCCGCGAUGAUGAGGCGACCGAAACGACUGUUGAUGAGCUUUUGGCGCAGGGAUUCGAAGGCACCUUCGUCAACUGUGCCACACUCAGCCCAGAGUGCAUUGCCCGCUUGCAAAAGAAGAUCUCUGACGCUUGCUGCAUCUCGUCCAACAAGAUCCUCGGCUUUGUCAAUUGCGCGGUAAGACCACCUUAGCCUUUGUGACAAUCAAUUUUGCUAUUUUUACAAGUAUUGAUUUUGAUCAAUACAGAUUCACAGAAGAUCAUUCCAAGAACACCUCCGCAUUAUAAUAACCCCGUCGUGAAGUAGAUUUUCCUCAACAACUCGAUCGUUGCUCUCACAACACAUCAAAAUAGGUAACUGGCCGUCCGGAUAGCGUCCAACAAGGUGAAUUGCGGUGUUUCAUUUCCACUGGUGGUAGCCCGAUUGGCAACGACGAAUUUCUGGCUAAGCACGUUGCCGAGAAGGUUGCGCCAUGUUGGUGCAAGGACCGCAGGCAAAUUCAGAUUGUCUCGCACACGGAUGUGACCGCUUCCGCAAGACUCAAACUCGCGAGCAACUUUCUCAUCUACGGCAUGGCAGAAGUGCUAGGCGAAACCAUGAACAUGGUCGAUGCGGCAGGAUUGAACCGCGACUUCGUGGCCUCGUUCGCCAAAUCCCUCUUCCCGAACACAGCCGUUGAUAAAUACGCAGAAAGAAUGGUAAGCGUUUAUAUAAAUAUAUUGAAGGAACUCACUGCGUAGCGGUAGUUGAGUAAUCGAUUUGGUGAAGUUGUUGUAGUUGAACCACAUAAAUGAUGUGUUUGCUUCCUCUUGUUAUAUACAAAGAAAAGUAUCGUAUUCCUUAAUUGACACACUCACAAUUUUUGUACAGGUGAAGCGUGACUUCGCUUUGUCGGAAAAGGGAUCGUCCUUGGGCCUCGCCCAUAAAGACAUGAAAAUGCUUUACAGCAUGCUUGCAGAGUCAUCUAAUGAUGCCGCAGCUGUGGGUACAAACAUAAUUUGUUUUUAUGUCGUUCUUUUAGCACAAAAGAUUUCUGUAAACACUUCUGUUUUUUACUUCCCCCUUGAAAUUUUUCAUAUUUCUGUAUUCUUCUUGCAGCUCUUCCACUUGCACGCUCUCAUACGUGAAGACGCAGUAAGUGUGAUUAUUGGUAGAUGUGGUUUCAACCUCGAAAAUCUUAAUUUCGAUUCUUAUCAGGUGUCGAAGCAGACCGACCAUGGUGGUUUGGUGAGGAUGAGACACCGACCGCAGGAGGAACGCCAAUUUCCACGCCACGCUUCUUCCCGGAUGGAGAGCAGGUAAAUGAUUUUGAAUAAUCUUUUUGAUUAGUUGUACGAAAUACAUUUCUACUCACAAGAUGAAUGGUUGUCGACUCGCUUCUACACUUAUUUUUCAUCUCCAAAGAAUAUGCUUCCAAUCCUAUGAUCAUGAUGUUUUUCUCGUCAAAUGCAGGUGUCCGAGAACGCUGCCAAGUUCCCGGUCUUGAAUAUGCUUGGAUGCCAUAUGGGGGCGCAGCUUGCACACUCUCCCCGUGGUGCCGACCAAGAGUGGGUAUCUAUCACUGAGGAAAUCGAGCACGUGAAAUCGAGCAGGGAACAAGAAAACAGCGAGGGCAGUGAAAACAGCGCAAAGCGGCAAAAGCUUGACACGGCCUCGCCGGCACCAGUAGCGUAAACGUAAUAUGAUAACCGAGGCGGAGGAGCUCGCUUUGUCUCGCUUCUGGCAACUCUGUGGUUAUUAGAUAUUUAGUGAUUAUUAUCGAAAGAUAUCGUAAAAGUUUGUCAAACAUUUUCGACAGGAUUAUGUUGAGAACUAUUAAUUUUUUGCUUUCACUAUGUAACUAUAAUGUCUUAUCAGAAUUAUCUAUGAUCAGCCAACAAAAAACUAAUGCUGAUACUAGUACUAGCAGUCCGGAGAACUUCCUUUUUUAGUAGUUUGCUCGGCCCAUGGAUGUCCUUGAUCGGGAGCACCACCCUAGUUCGCAGCGCCUCGAGCUCGUGGACUGUGGGGUGCUCAUGAUCCCCUCGUCGCUCUCUGGCCGGAUUAGAAACCACGCAUGCUUUCCACCGAAAGAUUAAGUAGAACAACAAUGCAGUAGAACCAGAACAGUAGAGUAGAAAAUAAAGCCAUUUCCGUGCAGAAUUUUUGGAACAGACACACACACACGGUUAUAAAAUUGAAGAUGUACUAGAAGAUGAAAUGAAGUAGAGGAGUGAGGCUGUAUAGAACUACUUUUACUAAUAUAAUGAACAAGUGAUUCAUUCUAGAAAUGAUCUUAUCUUGAAAGUGCCUCUAGAAGAAAUUCUUGUAUUGGAGUUUAAGGAAAUGAUCUUUUUACGUAUUCAUGUGCAUUAGUUAUUCAACUUAAGACGUGCAUUAGAUGGAGGAUAUGCAAACGUAUCUAUGCAAAGAUUAGAAUAUACGUGCUUUGAUGAUGGUGAGUAAUUUCUCCGUCAGCAAAGUGGAGGAGACAGACGUUAUAAGAAGGAUAUAAUAGAAAGGAGCUCCUCGUAUAUAAGAAUAAAGAGGAGGGCGUAGAGGCCAUUCGAAGGAAAUUUAAAAGCAUUUUUUGGACCCGGAUUAGAGAAUUGAAAACGAAGGAUAUGCAGAUGAUUGAUAUCAUCAUGACGUAACCCUGUCUACUAAACCUUUUGGUUAAGAAAUGAACACUACCCCUAGAAGUAAGAGAUUUUUCUAUCUUUUCAUUGCUGUGUUGUGUUUUAAUCUAGAACUUGUCUGACGCAGUACUACCUGAUGGAUGAUUAUUUACAAGUGGUACUACGAUUUACAACAACAUCGUACUAGAAUUAGCGAUCAUUCACGACGUGACGUAAUCCAGGUCUUGGAAAAAUGAGCUCGUGAGCUAAGUAAUCUUCCGCCUCGCUCUUUCCUGCCUUCUCCUCACCUGGCGUUGCGUGGGAAGCGAGCAUGGCCGAAGCACUAGGCCAGGUUGGCAAAAAGGGCCAUGAGCUGGUCACACAAACCGUACUAUCUAAUGAUCAUUCUUUCUCAUUUGCAACUCCUUUUUUAUGAAAAUAUUUUCGGCGCUUUAGACUGCGCGCGAGGAGCUUGCGGAGGAGUACCAACCCAUGUUCGACUUUCGAAAAAUGGAGCGAUCAAACCAAUCUUCGAAAUUGUAGCUACC